AUGAAUCUAGAGUCAUUUUUGGUGAAAGUUCCAUUGCUCUUAUCAUAUCCUUCAAUUCUAUUAUCAAGUACCCUAAUUCUGCCCCAUCAAUUCCAUCAAGAUAAAAUACGAUUUGCAACUUAUUUUACUACUUACCUAAUAAUACCUCUAUUUGCAGCCUCAUUACUUACCUCUAUUGUUUUCUUCUUAUGCAAAUUUCAACAAAAGAACGUCACAAAUGAUGGAAGUAGAGCCAAUAUACUUUGGCAACGAUGUGGUUUAGUUAUGUCUUUUGUAUUUUUCUUAGCGAGUACUGUUCUGGGGCCUGUUCAAGCCACAUGCCUAUCUGCCAUUGUUAUCGCUUCCUUUUUUCAUAGAUUAGGAUUAGUUGAUGAUGACUUAACAAAUUCUAAUAUGGAAGUCAGUUGGACCUUUUUGCUUGGAGGGCUGGGACCUCUUUGUGUUAUAAGCUUGCUUCUGGCCCAUUUGGAUGGGAAAACUCGUUCAUUGGGGCUAGUGGCUUUAGUAUAUUUAAUAGCUUUAUUAGGGUUAAAGAUAGGCGCGCCAAUGUUCUCCAGCUAUCUUUUUGAUGAGAUACAUUCAGUUAAUUAUGAACAUACCGAUGAUAACGAAGAGAAAUUAAGUAAAAUUCGUGGGAGUAAGAUGUUAUCACUGCAUCAUUUAUGCCUUUUACUUUGUCUGUGUUAUUUGGCAUUUUCAGAUUUUUCCACUACUAAUUUUAAUAUACAAUUUUCUAUGCUUUUUGUAUUCGUAGGCUGUAUUUGUGUGUUUUGCCUUUCUUUCUAUGAACUAUUAAUUACCGAAUGUGUUCAAGAUAGAUGCAUUUCAGUAAAUGGUGUUUCAAGAUAUUCAAUUCUAUGCAUUGGUUUAAUGUCAAUGGUUUUACAAUUCUUAUCAUUUAGUUCAAUUGCAGAAUCAAAUACCUUCAUUAGUGAUUGCUUAGUAGUAUCUUAUGUCAUUGGAACUGAAAUCAUCAGUCGUAUUAAAGGUAUUUAUGAAUAUACUUAUGAUAUUUCCCAAAUAAUUAUUCAAGUAGAAACCGAUCCAGUAACUCGUAGAAGAUCAAGAUCAAGAGUUGUUUCCCGUGUUGUAUCGCAUUCUCAUACUCACACUCAAGAUCAUAGUCAUUCACAUGCACAUUCUAAUAAUGAUACAAAUGGAAGUAUCUGGGCUCAAAUGGCCAAUGAUGAAGAUACAAGAUCGAUGUUUUCUUUCUUAUUAUUGAAUACCACUUUUAUGUUUAUUCAACUUUUAUAUUCUUUCCGUUCAAAAUCGUUAGGUUUAUUAUCAGACUCUCUGCACAUGGCUUUAGAUUGUACUUCUCUAUUGUUAGGGUUAUUAGCCGGUGUAUUGGCAAAGAGGCCACCAAAUGCAAGAUAUCCAUUUGGUUUAGGAUAUUUAGAAACACUGACAGGAUUUACUAAUGGUGUAUUGCUAUUGGGGAUCGUCUGUGGUAUAUUAACUGAAGCCUUAGGAAGACUAUUUAAUCCAGUCCAUCUUGAAGCGACAAGUGAAUUACUAGUAGUAGCAAUCUUAGGUCUCUUCGUAAAUUUAAUUGGCCUAUUUGCAUCUGGAGGCCAUGACCAUGGAUCUGACUCAUCAAAUCAAAAUAAAAGGGGUGUAUUCUUACAUAUUCUAGCCGAUACUUUAGGCUCAGUAGGUGUAAUUAUUUCAACUAUUUUGAUUAAAUUAACGCAUAUCCAUUUGUUUGAUCCAUUGGCUUCUAUCUUUAUUGGUAUCUUAAUCUUAGUCAGCUCAAUGCCGUUAUUAAAGUCCACAGUAUCAAGUAUUUUGUUAAAAUUGGGUGACAAGAAUCAUAAUUUAAUUAAAAAGGCGCUAAAUCAAAUUUCUUCAACCCCUGGUAUUACAGGCUAUACUACACCAAGAUUUUGGCCUCCAACUUCCAAUGCCCCUGCACACUCUCAUUCACAUGUGGGUGGUGCUAGCCAUUCUCAUGAUCAUGCUCAUAGCCAUGAUUAUGAUCAUUCUCAUAAUGAUGAACAUCAUAAAAGUAAUGAUAAAAUACAUGUCCACAAAAGACGCGGCGAUGGUGCAGUUCACGAUAAUGAUAUCCAUAUUGAUGUCCCUGUGGAGAAAAAAAAGUAUGCCUUAGUUGGUUAUAUUCAUGUUCAAUAUGCAGAAGGUGAGAAUUCUACAAUUAUUAAAAAGAGAGUGGAAAAAAUAUUUGAUUCUCUUAAUAUUAACUCUUGGAUUCAAGUUGAAUCAAACAACUCAACCUGCUGGUGUAGAGCAAAAUCCAUGCCAAGACAGGUAUCUGUUAAUGAUAUUCGCAAAAUAUAG